UAAAAGGGCGGCGCGGGGAGGGCGGCGCCCUUUCGGCGACUGGAGCCUGAGGGUGAGGUGUUGCGGCAGCGCGACCCCGAGAAACAUGUCUGGCAACAAGGAACGAACCUUCAUUGCUGUGAAGCCAGAUGGAGUUCAGAGGUGCAUUGUGGGUGAAGUCAUCAAACGCUUUGAACAGAAAGGGUUUAAACUGGUUGCCAUGAAGUUUCUUCAGGCUCCUAAGGAUCUACUUGAAAAGCAUUACUGCGAGCUUUCAGACAAACCUUUCUACCCCAAGUUGAUCAAGUACAUGAGUUCUGGACCUGUCGUUGCCAUGGUGUGGGAGGGCCUAAACGUGGUGAAGACUGGUAGAGUGAUGCUGGGUGAGACCAAUCCAGCAGAUUCCAAGCCUGGCACCAUUCGUGGUGAUUUCUGUAUUCAAGUUGGCAGGAACAUCAUUCACGGCAGUGACUCUGUAGAAAGUGCAAAGAAGGAGAUUAGCCUUUGGUUCAAACCUGAGGAGCUGGUUGAGUACCAGAACUGUGCCCAAGACUGGAUCUAUGAGUGAACCAUUCCAAAAUUGCAUGGACGCAUCCUAAUUAAAUCAUUCCAAAUUGUCUUCGGAAGUUAAUUUUUUAAAAACUGAUUUCAUAUCAUGUCUUGGUCCUGAAUGUAAAAGCAAGUAACUAUAAUAAACUAACUGUUUAAAAAAAAAACUUUCUUGAAUUUGA